CUGCGUGUCCGCCUUUGUCUCUGCGUGGUUGUUCUAUUCUUGUGUCUGUGUGCUUCCGUCCUCGUCUCUCUGUGUCUCGUCGGCGUGGCCGUCUUUUGUCUCAGUAUUUGUCCUUCUGUGGUGUUUUCCGUCUCCACGUUGUCUCGAUCCGGGUGUCUGCGAGCGUUUGUCCACGUGUUCUCUUUCCGUGUCACUUUCUCUUGUCCCGUAUUUCUCGUUCACUGGCUCUUUUAAGUCGUCUCGCAGUCUCUUUGGCCUCCAAAUCGUGGUCUCAUUAGGGCUAAAAUGUGGUCUCAUUAGGGCCCUGUGUUCCUUGGGCACUCGCUUGCUCCCAUCACGUCCCAUUGUCCACACGCCUCUCCAGUCCCCUGUUGUGUCCAUUUGUCCACCUCCCUCCCCGUGUCUUCAAAGCCUCGUUUCAUUGUCUCUUUGGCCUCCAAAUCGUGGUCUCAUCGGGGCCCUGUGUUCCUUGGGCACUCGUUUCUCCAGUCCCCUGUUGUAUCCAUUUGUCCACCUCCCUCCCCAUGUCUUCAAAUCCCCUUUUUUGUCCCUUCGGGCUCGCUUAUCAUCUCGCCCUCUCGAUGUCUGCAUCUGGUUGGCCAGGAAGGGGGGGGGGGUGUCGUCGAGUGUGGUGGACGGAUGGUGUUCAUCAGGGUGGACUAGACGAAGUCCUGGCUUUGGUUGAGUCAGGCUGGGUUCACUGAGUCAGGUUGAGUCAGGUUGGGUUCAAUGAGUCAGGCUUGGUUGAGUGAGUCAGGUUGAGGUUGAGUUUAGUGAGUCAGGCUGAGUUGAGUGAGUCAGGCAGGGUUGAGUGAGUCAGGCUGGGUUGAGCGAGUCAGGCUGGGUUGAGCGAGUCAGGCUGGGUUGAGCGAGUCAGGCUGGGUUGAGCGAGUCAGGCUGGGUUGAGCGAGUCAGGCUGGGUUGAGCGAGUCAGGCUGGGCUGAGUGUGUGAGGCUGGGUUGAGCGAGUCAGGCUGGGUUGAGUGAGUCAUGCUGGGUUGAGUGAGUCAGGCUGGGUUGAGUGAGUGAGGCUGGGUUGAGUAAGUCAUGCUGGGUUGAGUGAGUCACGCUGGGUUGAGUGAGUCACGCUGGGUUGAGUGAGGCCCAACCGGCCGUGAGGUGGCCUGUGGACGGCAUCGCAUAAAUGGGUUUCUCAUGAAUCCCACGGAGAUAUUUGAGCGCUAGUCCCUCGGCCGAGGCAAAACUCCUUAGUUCGUGGAAUUGGCCAGACGGCCCGAUGUAUCGGAAUCGUCCCCACAAUGGUACUGAGGAUUUUCUGAAUUGCCGAAGGGCACGUUAUUCUUGUUAUUCGUGUUAGGCCCAUUCCACGUGAAGCAAUGGCCAGCCCUCCUGGAUUUGCAGAUCUGGGGUCGCCUUGUUGUUGUUCGUCGUCGUUCGUCCGUUGCUGGUUGUUGGUGGCGCCCUCUGGCGGCUCGGCGUGGUUGCUGGCCACCCACCCCCUGUCGUGUGCUCGUGCCGGGCCUUCAUAGCUGCUACUAGCUAACAGCAUUUGCCCCCAACAGUCUGUUAAGGCUAUACGGGGCACCUUUGUCUGGCGUCGACGGUGUGGUGGUACAGGUGCAGGCGUUGUAGCCGCAGUUUUUACCCCAGCGGGUGUGGUGGGUGGCACGCCCGAGGCGAGGGCCGGUGGACCAUGUAGUGAUUUGAGGAACUCCCCAACUUCGAGAAGAUUGCACUUGGAGCGAGCCGGGUCCAUGAACCCUACCUGUGCGGAAUUUUUUUGGGUUAUGCGUCUCGUACGCGCCGCGGCGGGCAUUCUCCGGGUUCCUGGUUUGCUGCCGCACGCAAACUCUGAUCUGCUGGGGAAUUUGACCAAACAGUCGAAAUGUUCAGAGUUUCCGCUCACAAUCGGUAAGAUUGCAAGAGUACAGUAUUUAUAAAUGUCAGUGUUAUGAUCAGACUAGACGGAAUCGGAUACUGAGACUCAUCUUCUCCACCUCGCCACUUAAACAUCGUAAAGGAAAAGUGGCAAAGAAUGCUUUAUUUUUGUUUUUUAAAUACACGAUCCAAGCAAGUGCAGUCUGUAGGUUAGCCCAAGCCAACUAGCCAGCGAGCACUACUAGCCCUCCCACUGACCCUAACCAACUGGCCAACCAGCCACUAGUAACUAACCCUCCCAUUGAUCUUAUCCCAACUUCAAGCAGCUCAAUGCAAAGGUCCCUUUUCGUCUUCUUGGUUCUUUCGGUAAAGUCACGUAGAAUGAGAAUGAAACAAUAAAACAAAAUAAGACAAUAAAAUUCUGUUCGCGUUUCAGUGUUGACGUUCACAGUGCCACAGGGGGUAACUUCGCCACCCACCAGCUCCCCACUAUAAAUCAUUGCCCACCUCCUGAAAAUUGUGCAUUCAGUAGUAGCUAUCUCCUUGCCUGCGUAGAGUGGCCAGCGUGAUCUCAUAUUUCCUGGCGCUCAGGCUUGCUGUGUCCACGUUUCGCUCGUCCUGUGUUCAAAAAUGCUGCCCUUCAGCUCUAAGCACCUUUGGUCCCUGCUGAACCACGUGGGCUUUCAGGCGGUCUGUGCCGAGCGUUGACCGUCGUCCCCCCUCGCGUGUGGAUUUUCUCCAGCUUCUCCGGUUUCUGCCCCCCCCCCCCGCGCAAAGCCAAGCUGCUCAUGAACACAAUGCGUCAAAACUAAACGAUGCAGCAGGGGUCUUCUUGUGCAAGAUAUUCUUGAUAGUCGGUGAGGAUUUGGAGAUGUAAUGACACCACGUGCAGUGGAUUCAAAACAUGAAAUCGUGAUGAUAGUCUUUACAUUUUUCCCUGAGGCAAUGCUUAACUCUCAUUUACAGCCCUUAACCCGUGGCAGAAAUUCCACAUUCCUAUGGCGGGGGCUAUUCUAUACAUCCCAUGGCGGAGGCUAUUUUAUUCCUCUCCAAGUGGUACUUAUUUUUACUACCCCGGAGGGGUGAUGGGCCAAUUCACCCCCCCCCCCCGACCCAAACAGGAUAUGAACGCGCAACCUUUCAGUUGCGAGCCGCUCGCUCUGCCUCCGAGCGACCUGGCCAAUGAUGAACUCGGGGGGGCAUUAUUGCCGUUAUAAUAAUAAUAAAGAUGUGUGUGGAAGAGAAGGUUGGUUUGAAGCGCGGUGUAUUCAACAACAAAUUAGCGCCCUCAUGGUGAACCAAGUGAAGACAUUGCCGCGUUGUGACUGCCGAUGAUUGCCCUUGUUUUUCCCGACCGUUACUUUGCGUUGAUGUGUGGCGUCGCGUAGGUUCCAGAGGUGUUCUGGGCGCCCCAUUCACACGUGAAGCCGUAGGGCAGAGGCAGAGACGCUGCUGCGCUUGGUACCAAAGCGACAGGGGGGGGGGGGGUUGGUAGUGAGAGUGGUGGACAGUGGUGGGCGACAGUGCUCGCUCGCUCGAGCAGGCCGCGGUGCUCGCGAAGGCUGGGGCUCGCGCCCUUGCGGGCGGUCGUGCGUGCUGUGUACACGGCGCCCCUUGGCGCUGACCUUGGGACGUAAACCGAUGUGCGCGUCGUGCAGUCAGUGUGGCCUAAUCUGUCAACAGUUCCCCGUGCGCAGCGCCACUUGGCGCCAUGUAGACUUAUCCAGGUUCGAGCUUGGCACCGCACGGCCGUUUGGCAGAUUUUUGUCAUUUUCUCGCAUUUCCGCUGCGCCAUGGAGGGGUUUGUUCUGGCUCGUCAUGUGUGAUUUGUAAACGCCGAGUGGCGGGGCAGUGGGUUGACGUAACAGCUGUGUCGAUUCUCUUUUUAAUCUCUGUGCGCUCGUGGCUUUUGGCGCUGCCGGUUUUGGCGCACGGCGCCGUGCGGGUGGCGGCCCUGCUGCUGACGGUGUCGUGUUUAUCUCUUCUCUGCAGUUGUUGAGAGAAUUUCUUUAGGUUGGCUGGCAGCGUCAGCCAGCAAAGGAGCAUUCCUCCCCCGUCGCACGCGCCCCGUGCUCUCGUGGCCUCGUGCUCUCGCAGGUGUGCGAGACGACUGGCAGGCCGGGCGGGCGCGUGAGAGACAGAGCGCCAUGGCGGUGGUGAUUCGCCUUCAGGGCUUGCCCAUGGUGGCCGGCACGAUGGACAUCCGCCAGUUCUUCUCGGGGCUCAGCAUCCCGGACGGCGGCGUGCACAUCGUAGGCGGCGAGCAGGGCGAGGCCUUCAUCAUGUUCGCCACGGACGAGGACGCGCGCCUCGGCAUGAUGCGCAACGGCGGCUCCAUCAAGACCUCCAAGAUCUCGUUGCUGCUCAGCAGCAAGAGCGAGAUGCAGAAUGUGAUUGAGCAGAGUCGGCGCCGAUACGAAGUGGGCAGCUCGGUGGGGGGUAGUGACCCAGGUCCCGGCGGCGGGCGGCCCGUCGGUGGUGGUGGUGGUGGUGGCGGCGGCGGUGGGGGGGGUGGGGGUGGCGGGGGAGGAGGAAUGUCCCGCGUGGGCACUGUGACGCCUCCGCAGUCCGUUAUGGGCUCUGCCAUGCCCCCCCCGGGGGUUGGGGUGGGAGGGGGCCCCCCUCCCCCAAUGACGGACAAAGCAGUGAACCCCAGCAUGCCAGGGGGUGUUAUGGGUGCCAACAUGCCGCCCCCUAACCAGUCGCCAUUCUCGGCCCCGUCAGGUUUCAAUGUUCCCCCCCCUCCGCUACCCCCUGGGCCCCCGUUUCCCCCCGCCCCCUUUAUGCCCUCUCUCCCUCCUCCCAUGUCGAACAGGCCCCCACCCCCCAUGUCCAGCGGGCCUCCUCCCAUGCCUCCCAUGGCCCCCCUGGGGGGCGACGGCAUUAGCCGCAAAGUGAACGGCUCCGGCAUGGCCACGGGCGGCUCCGCGAUGUCAAGUGGCACCGGCGGUACCGGCUACGGCUUGGGUUCAUCGUCAGGUUCCGGCUAUGGCAUGGGGUCAUCAUCGUCAGGUUCCGGCUAUGGCAUAGGGUCAUCGUCGUCAUCUUCCGGCUACGGCUUUGGGUCAUCAGGUUCCGGCUACGGCUUAGGUUCAGCAUCGAGUUCCGGAUAUGGCACAGGGUCCUCCUCGGGCUCCGGUUACGGUGCUAGUGGCUCGGGCAGCUCCGGGUUCAACAUGGGCGGUGGCCCACUAUCGCUGGGAGCCAUGCCCAUGAGUGGCACCGGCGGUCCCGAUGGCCCAGGCUCACGCUAUGGGGAUGGGCCCAGUAAAGGCUUUGGGGUGUCCGGAGGUGGCACCGGUUACGCGGGAGGAGGACUCUAUGGGUCCUCGGGUUUCUCCCACUCCGGCGCUGGUGGUUCCUCCGGCUCAUCCAGUAGUGGCUAUAGCAAGGGCUCUAGCUUCAGUGGAGGAGCCUCUGGCGGUGGCUCCAUGGCCUACGGCAGCUCGGGCCUCGGUGGGUCGCCCAUGGGCUUUAGCAGCUCUGGGCAAAAUGACCCCAACCUGAAUCUUGGUGCUGGCAGUUCCAGCAGUAAUCGCAGUCAUUCAGGUAUGGGUCCUGGCGGUCCUGGUCUGGGUUCCAGUAUGGGUCCUGGCAUGGGCCUUGGUGGUUCUGGUUUAGGACCGAGUGGACCAUCUAUGGGUUCCAGUAUGGGCCCAGGUGGUCCUGGUAUGAGUUCCAAUAUGGGUUCCAGCAUGGGCUCUGGUAGUCAUGGCAUGGGCCUUGGUGGUUCUAGUAUAGGCCCUGGUGGUCAUGGGGUUGGCCACGGUGGUUCCAGUUUGCGUCCUGGUGGUUCUGAUAUGAGCUUUGGUGGUACAAAUACAGGUCCUAGUGGCUCUAUGAACCUCGGUGGUUCCAGUACAGGUCCUGGUGGUCCUGGUAUGGGUUCUGGUAUGGGUUCCGGUAUGGGUUCCAGUAUGGGUUCUGGUAUGAGUUCCGGUGGUACUAGCAUGGGAUCCAGUUUGGGUUCUGGUGGUCCUGGUCUGAGCCUUGGUGCUUCUGGUUUGGGUCCAGGUAUGCGACCUGGCAUGAGUCUUAGUGAUUCUGGAAUGGGGCGCAGUGGUUCUAGUAUGGAUCGUAGUUUUUCUGGAAUGGGCCCUGGUGGUCUGAGUAUGGGCCCUGGUGGACCUGGAAUGGGUUCUAGUAUGGGCCCGGGUGGUUCCAGAAUGGGCUCGGGUGGUUCCAGUAUGGGCCCGGGCGGUUCCAGUAUGGGCCCGGGCGGUUCUAGUAUGGGCCCGGGCGGUUCCAGUAUGGGCCCGGGCGGUUCCAGUAUGGGCCCGGGCGGUUCUAGUAUGGGCCCGGGCGGUUCCAGUAUGGGCCCGGGCGGUUCCAGUAUGGGCCCGGGCGGUUCCAGUAUGGGCCCGGGCGGUUCCAGUAUGGGCCCGGGCGGUUCCAGUAUGGGCCCGGGCGGUUCCAGUAUGGGCCCGGGCGGUUCCAGUAUGGGCCCUGGUCGUUCCAAUAUGGGCCCUGGUGGGUCCAAUAUGGGCCCUGGUGGGUCCAAUAUGGGCCCUGGUGGGUCCAAUAUGGGCCCUGGUGGGUCCAAUAUGGGCCCUGGUGGGUCCAAUAUGGGCCCUGGUGGGUCCAAUAUGGGCCCUGGUGGGUCCCAUAUGGGUCCUGGUGGGUCCCAUAUGGGCCCCGGCGGGUCCAAUAUGGGCCCCGGCGGGUCCUAUAUGGGCCCCGGCGGGUCCAAUAUGGGCCCCGGCGGGUCCAAUAUGGGCCCCGGUGGGUCCAAUAUGGGCCCCGGUGGUUCCGGCAUGGGCCCUGGUGGUUCCGGCAUUGGCCCUGGUGGUUCUGGCAUGGGCCCUGGUGGUUCCGGCAUGGGCCCUGCUGGUUCCGGCAUGGGCCCUGGUGGUUCCGGCAUGGGUUCUGGUGGUCCCGGCAUGAGCCGUAGUGGUUCCAGUUUUGGUCCUGGUGGCUCAGGUUUGGGUUCUGGCUUACCCAGCAUGAGUCGUAGUGGACCCCCCGGCUUAAAUCAAGGUGGCUCGAAUAUGGGUUAUAGUGGAUUUAACAUAGACACCAGUGACAAGGGUCUACGAGGUUCGAGCAUGGGAUUCGGUAACUCUCCUUCGAGUAGUGGUCUUAGUUUAGGUCACGGUGGCUCUCCUUCCACUGGUGGGUCCAGCAUGGGUUUUGGAAGUUCCUCUUUGGGCAGUGGCAGUUCGAUGAGUCAGGUUGGACCCAGCAGGAAUUACAAUUCCAGCUCAGCCCCGAGCGGCCCGGGCUUGGGUCAAGGCAUCUCCGGCAUGGGUUUCUCUAGUUCUCUUAGCAGCGGCCCUGUUAUGGGACAGAGGCUUCCUACGAUGGGUGGCUCGGCUGUUGGUGGUGGCGGUGGUGGUGCAGGCGUUGGCUUCGGUGGCUCCGUGCAGAACACAGGCCCUAGUAUGGGAUUCCACGGUUCUUCUAUGGGCAGUCCGAGCGGUGGGCUGGGCAGCUCCGGCCAUUCUGGAGGCAGGCCGGCUGCGAAUCAUGGCGGCAGCGGCCGCGUAUCUCGCUUUGAGGACAACUUGCCCAGCCCCGUCGGGGGAUUCUCCGGCCCGGGGCGAGGGCCUGGAUCGGCACCGUCCCUCCUAAGGCCCAGCCUGGAGCCGCCGCCCGUCAGGGGCCUUCCUUCCACCGGUGUUCCUGGCUCUUCACUAGGCCAGCCCAUGCCUCCCGGCGCUGCAGGGGCGCUGUUUGGCGAUCCGCGUUUCGCCGGCCCCGGCCCGGCCUACGGCUGUGGAGAGCAGGGGUCCGGCUUCCCUUUCUCGGCCAGAGGUGGCCAAGGAGGCGGCGCCAGCUUGGCGAAUUUGUCAGACGGUGGCCGCGGCAGCAGAUUAAUGUCUGGCAAUGACGGGGUGGGCACACUGAGCCCCUUGCCUCCGAUAAAUGCGGACGACCUUUACGUGCGUCUCGUGGGGCUGCCCUUCUGGGUCACCAGGCAGCACGUGCUCGACUUCUUCGCGGGUCUGGCGGUGGACGGCGUGGUGCUCGGGCACGACGGGGACUCAUUCCGCUCCACGGGAGACGGCUUCGUCAAGUUCCACCGCACACGCGACGCAAUCGAGGGCAUGAAGCGGCACCAGCAGCGCAUGGUGAACAAGCCCGUGGAGGUGCACCCGGCGACCGAGCGCGAGUGGCUGUGCGCCGCCAAGAACUUUGGCGGGCCCGAGCCGCCGCAGAAGGAGGCGCAGGCGGGAACACAGGCCCCGUUGCUGCACCUGCCGAUGGGCCGCGAGCACAAGCGCCCGUGCUCGCAGUCGCCGUCCCACUCCCCCAAGAAGGGGCGCUCGCGUUCCCCGUGCAGGGAUCGCUCCCCCUCGCCCGACGAGCACGGGCUCUGCGUGCAGAUCCGAGGCUUCCCCUUGAACGCCGACAAGUUCACGGUGCUCAAGUUCCUCGGCCGGCAGGAGAUUCGGGAAGAGAGCCUCAUCCUGGUGCCUGAGGGCGGCACGGUGAAGGCGUGCGUGGAGUGCAAAUCUGACUACGACAUGCGCUCUAUCUUGCGUCGCGACAAGUCGUACGUGGGCAACAAUUUCCUGACCGUGCGGCCCAUCCAGAAGUGGUUCCUUGAGAGGCUCCACGGGGAGAAGAUGAAGGAGAAGGGCGGUGGUGGUGGUGGUGGUGGUGGCGGCGGUGGCGGCGGCGGCGAACGCCUAGAACCCAAGAAGCCCGAGCCGGUCCCGAGCGAGACCAGCAUGUGCUACUACCUGCACCUGAGCAAUAUCCCCUGCAGUGCCACCAAGGACGACCUGAUGUGUUUCUUCAAAGGGCACGAUCUGUCGGAUGAGGGCAUUCAGAUUCUGCGCAACAAGAACGGAGAGACCAUUGGGCAGGCCAUGCUGCAGUUCCGCAGCAUGGAGGCAGCCGGCAAGGCCACAUCUCUCAACCGCAGCCUGAUUGGGGGCCGGGAGGCCAUCAUCAGGGUGGUGAGCCACGCCGAGAUGCUGGCCAUAAAGGCAAACCCUGGCAGCGAGGGGAAGGCGGCAGGGCCGGAAAAGCAGCAGGAGGGACAGGGACCCGACAGAAAGCCCGGGACAGCUGCCGCUGUCGGACCCGGGGGAUUCCCAGACAGAGGAUUUUUCCCAGGGGGCCCCAGACCCCCCAUGACUGGACCCCCUCCAUUCUGCGGCCCUAAUUUCCGGGGUCCCCCUCCUCCGCUCCCUCCCUUCAUGUCAAGACCUCCUCUUUUCCCACCCGGCGAUAGUGCGGGCGUAUUUGGCAAAAACUUUGGCGGGCCACUCGGCGGGGGUGGUGGCGGUGGAGGUGGUGGGGGCGGCGGUGGGGGCGGCGGUGGCGGCGGCGGCGGCAACAGUGGCAGUAAUGUGAACUUAUCAGAAGGCUUUGCUGGCAGUCACGGGGGAGCCCCGUUCUGCAAGGCGGGCCAGGAUGCGGGGCCGCCAGAUAGGCCCAGUGGCCCUGGCAUGGGCGGGGUCCCCCAGCCUCGUGGCAUCGUGAGACUCAAGAACCUCCCGCGCGUCGUGAACCAGAGUGAGAUCCUGGACUUCUUCUAUGGCUACCGCGUGAUCCCUGAAUCGGUGAACAUGCAGGUGCCGGGAAGUGCUCUCGUCUCCUUUGAGACGACCGGCGAGGCCAUGGCAGCCGUAAAGGAGUUGAACGAGCGGCCGAUCGGCGUCCGCAAGGUGCGGCUCUGUCUGGUGUAGUCGGCAUCUCCGUCCCACCGCCGCCACCCCGCAGCAGGGGGAGCAGGGGCAACAGGGGCGUGCGAGGUGUCGCCACAGCAACCGUCAAAGCAAUUGCUUGUCCCCCCCCCGCCCCCCUGCAGUAUGGAAGUGGGGGAAGCCUGCCGCUCACCGUGGGGUUAAUUAAUUCUGCCUGCGUUCCACGCGUAAUAAUAUCAUAGGUUUGCAAUUAUGAUGAGCAUUGGUCAAGGUGAGCGAUGCGGGAUUUGUAUAAGCAUGGAGUCUUCUGAGUCUUUUUCUUUUCUCCUUGUAUUUUUGAGAGCUGCCGAGUUGGGUGGUUUUGGCCAUUGUUGGGCGCUCGUGCCGAUGGCUGCAGCGUUUGGGUCUCUGGUGGUCGCCAGUGUAGCCAGGACCUACUGGCAGGAUAGCGCCGGCGAGAUAGUUGAGCGAUGUGUGCAGCGUGAGGGCGUGUUUGGACCGUUAUGUCCACGGUGCUGGGAGCACCGUACCCUGUGUGUGUGUCCCCCCCUCCCCAUUGCCCUCUUCCACCCCCCCCCUCACCCUGUCACGUCUUACCUGUUCCACGGAUAUUUUGUGGCCGUUUUGUAUGUAUGUUGAACUUCUUUCGCACCGUAUGUAGCCAACCGUGCUCAUCGGAGGUGCGGGGAAUUGAAGGUGCGGGGGAAUCGGAGAUUCUCUUCGUACAGCUGUGAGUGGAGGUUGUGUGUGUGUGUGUGCAUUGAAAAGUGCAGUGUGGAUGCCUUGUGGUCUGCCAUGAGUCCUGGUCAUUGGAUCAUCUUGCGAAAGUCUUAAUGUGGAUAAACACGGAUGUCCUUGGCGUUUUAUAUGAAUCUGCAGUGUGCUUCUGACGGUUUUCGAGUGUUGACGUGUUGCCAUGUGUGAGGUGGCCCUGCAGCGGACGUACGUGCGUGUGUGCGUGUGUACGUGCGUGCGAGUGCGUGCGUUGGGCAAAGACAGAGCGGCAGUGGGGGAGCGAUAGUGUAGCGGUUCGCGCGCUGCGCUACGAACCCAAUGACCCGAGUUCAAUUCCCGCUCACGGGCCAACACGAGUGACGAUUAUCUGAACCGGUCCUGGGACUCCCCGAGGUC